AGAAGAAGGAGCAGCGGGGGGUGAGGUAUCUGCAACAGAAGAAGAAGACGAAGAAGAGGAGCGGUACCCAUUUAGCUACACAGGCUAGUUGGACAGACGUCAAGCUGAAUUUUACCCAGUACCUGGUUGAGCCUCGGUGCACGAAUCCAAGAAGAAUCAUAUGCUGCGAAAGAGGGGGGAGGUCGUGUUGAGCAGUUCUUGACAGAACACUAGGCCACUUUUAUCAGCAUGGAGAAACAGUUGCAUUUGAAUCUGUUAGCCUCCAGACCUCCGAUGGCAGGUGGUUUGCAGUCGGGCUCCAAAAUGAGAAUGGGACCUGGCAGGAAGAGAGAUUUCUCCCCGCUGCCCUGGAGUCAAUACUUUCAAACAAUGGAAGACGUUGAGGUGGAAAACGAAAACGGCAAAGACAUUUUCAGAAUCUACUGCAGUGGUUCCCAUGGCCCUGUGCUGCUCCUGCUUCAUGGAGGAGGCCACUCUGCUCUCUCCUGGGCUGUCUUCACUGCCGUGAUAUGCAGCAGGAUCAACUGCAGGGUCGUGGCUAUGGACCUGCGAGCUCACGGAGACACCAAAGUGAAAAAUCCUGAAGAUCUCUCUGCAGACACAAUGGCCAAGGAUAUUGGCAAAGUGGUGGAGGCACUCUAUGGAGAGAACCCUCCUCCGAUCAUGAUUAUUGGACACAGCAUGGGCGGAGCUAUCGCAGUUCACACAGCCGCUGCCAAUCAUAUACCUUCCCUACUCGGCCUUUGCGUCAUCGACGUUGUUGAGGGCACAGCGAUGGAUGCUUUGAACAGUAUGCAGAAUUUCCUCAGGAGUCGGCCAAAGACUUUUAAAUCUCUGGAGAAUGCCAUUGAGUGGAGUGUGAAGAGCGGCCAGAUCCGAAACAUUGAGUCAGCGCGGGUGUCAAUGGGAGGUCAGGUGAAAAAGUGGGAGGAACCCAUCAGCAGUCCAGGUGUCUCUAAUAGCAUUGGUGAAGGCAUAAUAGAAGAGGAAGAGGAGGAAGAACCAGAAGAAGAAUCCAACAAUAAAAGAAUGAAGGAAGAUGACCAAGAGAUAAAGAAGGAGAGUGUCUUUACCUGGCGAGUGGAGUUGUCGAAGACGGAAAAAUACUGGGAGGGCUGGUUCAGAGGCCUGUCUGCGCUCUUUCUCACCUGCCCUGUGCCAAAACUGCUGCUGCUUGCAGGAGUGGACAGGCUUGACAAAGACCUUACAAUUGGACAGAUGCAAGGGAAGUUCCAGAUGCAGGUCCUCCCUCAGUGCGGUCAUGCCGUCCACGAGGAUGCACCUGAAAAAGUAGCAGACGCUCUAGCAACAUUUAUGGUUCGGCACAAAUUCACUGAAUUCAAGGAGGGAUACCUGUGCUAAUUUCCAGUUUCCAGCCUAGAUAUAGCCAGCAGCCAUAGAGGAAAUGUGUCAAGAUUUAUGGACAUCAUCAUCUUACAAUUUAACAGCAAACUGGGGAAAAUAUAACAAGCGGCUUUUAUGUUAUUAUUAUUAUUAUUAUUAUUAUUAUUAUUAUGUUGCUUUUGUCAUUAUGUAGUUAUGCCUUCCAGCUUUGCCUUAUUUUUUUAUUAUCAUUAUUAUUAUUAUUAUUAUUAUUAUUGUUAUUAUUAUUAAAACACUGGGAUUUGGUUGUAGUUGCCCUUUCCUUUAUGUUUUUUUUUUUUUUUUUUUUUUUUUUUUUAAAUCUUUGAAAUGUAAUGUUGUCUUUAUUUUAUGUUUUAUUUUGGGUGAUUGCAUCAUGUUGUGAUAUGUGUUUAUAAUAUUUGGAUUCAAAGAAUGAUUAAAAAAUGGAUAGAGAAAAAUGUCAUCCAUGCUUUUGUUUGUUUGCCAUGUGUAUUAAAAAAGACACCAUGAUCAUUUUGAAA